AUGAUUGGUCCAUUGCUAAUGGGACGAUGGCAAUACUUCAGGCAAUGGAUCUUGCCAUACAGCAACUUAUACGUGUGGGAAACGAUUGCCAACUUCGGCAUCCUCCUACACGCCUUCCACAUCGGCCUAGAAACCGACGUGAAAGCCGUACUUCGUCCUGGCCGGAAAGCCCUCUCCCUCGCCCUCGUCAGCGUCGCCGCUUCCUUCCUCAUCGGCUACAAGCUAUUCCACUUCGUCAGCGUCGGAAAAUUAGAAACGUCUUCGGAUAAAGUGGUCAAGCACAAUGGGGGGCUCCCCAUCCUCUCCCGCGGUGGCUUCUUCUGUGGCGCCGCCUUCACGGUGACGAGCUUCUCCACGGUGGCCAACGCCUUGAGGAAGCAGAAGCUACUGCACACGGAGCUGGGGCGGAUGGCAAUGUCGGCGGCGGUGAUCACAGAGGUGGCUCUGUGGGGCAUCCUCGCCCUGGGGGUGCCCAUGACCAUAUCGUUGUACACGCUGGAGUGGGCGGCGGGCACGCUGGUGUUGAUGGCGCUGGUGUUCCACAACUGGUUGGGCCCCGGGGCGACGUGGAUGAUGCAGCUGGCGAAGAGCAGCGACGACGAGGAGCUGAACGAGGGGCAGGCGGCGAUAGCGCUGAUGGGGGUGAUGCUAGCGGCGUUCAUGGCGGACAUGAGCGGGAUGCAUUCCAUUGUAGGGGCGUUUAUGUUUGGGAUAAGUCUGCCGGAUAGGGUGUUGAGGUCCAUGCUGUUGGAGUCGAUGGAGGAGACGGUGACCGGCUUGUUUUUGCCUCUGUUCUAUGCUUAUUUGGGGAUGAGGAUGGAUCCGACAUCUUUUGACCCUGGCCUUCUUCGUAACUGGGGCAGAUUUUGCUUUACCGUGUUAAUGGCUUCCGGGGCCAAAUCUGUUAUCUCUGCUGCCGUUUGUCUCUGCUGCAAAAUCGGAUUGCGAGACAGUGUCACCGUUGGCUGGAUCGUCUCCACUAAAACCGUCAUGGCUGUCAUCAUGCUUUAUCUCGGCUUGGCGUCUGAGAGGGAGGAUGAGAGUGGAAUCGCAAACUAUGUACUUGCCGUAAUGUUGACAUCGAUGGUGACUAUGUCGUCGGUUACAAUACCUAUCCUAUCGGCGUUGAACCGCCCCUCCCGCCACCUCAUGAAGCAGACCUGCCGCAGCGUGGAGGAGCUCAAGCCCGACAGCGACUUCCGAAUACUCACCGGCAUUUACACCGUCCAUGACGUCCCUGGCCUCAUUAACCUUCUCCAGAUCUCCUGCUCCACCUCCAAAUCCCCCGUCGUCGUCUUCGCCCUCCGCCUCGUCGAGCUCACCGGCAGCUGCCCCGCCAAGUUCUUCAUCCAAGACAUGCGCAAGCCCACCGGCCGCAAGUCUGACCAGGUCGAGGCCGAGUCCGACCAAAUCAUUGAAGCCUUCGACAAGUACCAGUCCGAGAACGUUGGCUCCAGCGUCACCCCCCUCUUCGCCACCUCCCCUUACUUCAACAUGCACGAGGACGUGUGCAGCCUCGCCACCGACAAGCGCAUCACCCUGAUCAUCGUUCCAUUCCACCAGCAACAGACCGUCGACGGCAGCAUGGAGAACGAGAACCCCUUCAUCCGCGGGGUCAACCAGAUGGUCCUCAACCAUGCCCCCUGUUCCGUCGGCAUCUUCAUCGACCGGGGCUUCGGCAAUGCCAACUUCGGCGACGACGCCACUCACCGCGUCCUCGUCUACUUCUUCGGUGGCCCUGAUGACCGCGAGGCCUUGUACUAUGGCUGGCGCAUGCGCUACUACACCGGCGUCACCCUCACCGUGGUGCGCUUCGUGCUUGGCGACGAGGCCACGGAGAACAUGUCGCAUUUGGAGAGCAGCUACGAGAACAACCCUCUCAUCCCAUUUCUGCAACCGGACUACGAGCGGCAGAAGCAAUUUGACGACGUCGUUGUGGACGAGUUUCGGACGAAGACGUCGGGGGACGAGAUGAUAAGGUACUUGGAGAAGGAGUCCAACAAUGGGGAAGAGACGGUGACGGUGAUAAGGAGUAUGGAGCACGAUUACGAUCUGUACGUGGUGGGGAAAGGGGACAGGCUAUUGUCGCCUUUAACAUUGGGGUUGAAUGAUUGGAGCGACUGGCCGGAGCUGGGGGCGGUGGGGGACAUACUGGCGUCGUCGGAGUUUGCGUCGAGGUCUUCGGUGCUGGUGCUGCAGCAGCAUGCCGGAGCUGCGCCGGUGAUAGAAGGGAUGAAGUUGCUGGACGGCACGGAACGGAACGUGACGGAGUCGGUGCAUAACCAUCGCGUUUCGUCGCGGGGGACGAGUCGGCCUGGCCGAACUACCCAAGAUUUCCAAUAA